CGCGGCACCACCGAGACGGGCAACAUGGGCAGCACCGUCGGGCCCGCACUGAGCACGCAGCUCUCGACCGCGCUGUCCAGCGACCUCGCCACCCAAGGCGUGACCUACGCCGCGGACGUCAACGGCGCCAUCCAAGGGAGCAUCUCGCCCAAGACGGCGCAGGGCGCGACCACGAUGGCGAGCUUGACCAAGGACGUCGUCGCCCGCUGCCCCGACACCAAGGUCGUGCUGGCGGGCUACUCGCAGGGCGCCCAGCAGGUGCAUGGCGCGCUGAUGAACUUGGACGGGGCCGCGCUCAAGGCCGUUGCCGCGGUCGUCACGUUUGGCGAUCCCUUGUCCAAGACUGCGUUCCAGGGCGUGGAUGCCGCCAAGACGAAGGUCUAUUGCGCUACCGGUGAUCAGGUCUGCGACGGCAUGUUUGUGAUUACGGCGGCGCACUUGUCGUAUGCGACUGCGAGUGUGCCGGGCGCGGUGGACUUUGUUAAGGGGCUGGUUGCUUAGGGCGUGGGC